GUAUUGUAAACAGUGCCUUCUUGAUGGGUUUCUUGCUGUUCUCAGACACGUACAGAAGAUUUGUCAAGUUUGUGCCAUAUGUAACAUCUGACCUUUUGUGAGGGCUUCUGUGGUCGAAAACUUAACUUUCCUGCUUAGUCGAACUCGGGGCGGGCAGGGGGAUAAAUCUACCAUUAAAACAUCUUAAAUUAUUCCCAACUUUGUGGUUGUUACGGGGGAAAAAACGUAAUAAAAUAACAGCUUCCAGACAGGUUAUUUUGGGGUGCUGCCCGGCGGGGAGGGCAGGCCGGCCGCUGGCCACCGCUCCCCUCGCCCCUAACCGGCGACACGCCUUUCCUUCGGCCAAGCGGGAAAGUUAAGUCUUCACGACACCGAGCCUGCCCCUACCGAUUCGUAUCUGUUCGCUCGCCGCCCUUCCCCCUCGUUUAAGGGGUCUGAACUGUUACGGGGCGGCGCAAGCGGGGCCGCCCCUGGCCCGGGGCCGGCCCUGCCGCCGCCUCCUGCCGCACCCAAUAAAGACAUGUCACACCUCCGCGCCGCUGUCUUCUCUGCGCCGCUUCCCCCGUUACCGGGACGCGGUUUCCCUCCCGGCCUCCCCUCACCGGCUUCCCCUCAGAGCGCCGCGCAUGCGCCCCCUCAGCCGCAGCUCCCGGGUGCCGUGCGCAGCCGUGCGGCUCGGUGCAGGGAGGUGAGGCGGCGGCCAUGUCGCGGCGGCCGGAGCCCACUCGGUUGGCGCAGGAGGCGGCGGCGCUGGCGGGUGCGGUGCGCGGCGCCCUGGGUCCGCGGGGCGGGCGGGCGCUGCUGGUGCGGCCCACGGGGCAGGCGCUGCUGACGCGGGACGGGCGGCGCCUGCUGGAGGCGCUCAGCCUGGAGCCGCCGACGGCCAGGAUGAUGGCGGCCUGCGCCUGCAGCCACCGCGCCGCGACGGGGGACGGCGCCAAGACGUUCGUGGUGCUGCUGGCCGGCCUGCUGGGCGGGCUGCGGGAGGCGGGCGGCGGCCUGCGGCGGGCGCUGCGGGCCUUCGAGGAGGAGGUGCUGGAGCGGGCCGUGGCGCAGGGCCUGCGGGGGCACCUGCUGUCGGCCCUCCCCGGGCGGCAGGCGGAGGCGGGCGCCCUGGAGGCGCUGCUGGAGGCCUACCUGGGCGGCCGGCUGGGGCCGGGCGAGCGGCGGCGCCUGGCCCGCCUCUGCGGGGAGUUCUGCCGCCGCUGCAGCGCCCCGGCCGCCGACCCCCGCCCGCAGGUGCUGCGGCUCCUCGGGAGCCGCUUCGCCGAGCUGCACGCCACCGUGGCCGGCCUCCCCCUAGCCAGCUCCAGGGUCCUACCCGGCAUCAUCCUCCGCAGGGACUUUGCGGCCUACUGCCCGGCGGGGGGGGACCUGCGGGCCGUGCUCGUCACCGAGCCCCUCCGGACCCCCCUUCCGGCCCCCGGCGUCGAGUUUGUAGUCGAGUCCGAGGGUCAGUAUCAAGCCUCCUUGUGCUGGAUCUCCAGGAGAACAGAAGCCCUAAUGAAACACCUGCAGAGCAACGACGUCAAGCUGUUACUGUCAAGCGUGAAGCAAGAGGAAGUAGUUAUCUACUAUGCAAAAUUGCACGGUGUGUCUGUGGUAGAGUCCUUAUCGUCGGAAGAAAUUGCCCUGAUCCGUGAAAUCACAGGAGUCUCACCUUACGCACCUUUUGGUGAUAAUAUACACAGAGAAAUCACUGAAACCGCAGUGGCAACGUUUUGCCGGCCCUUGCUGCUGGGCUCAAAGAGAUGCGUUCACAUUGGCUUCACCAGCGUGUGCGCCUUUCAGCCCCAUUGCCUAAUUCUCUGUGGGCCAGUCGAUGGUGUUAAUGAGCAACAUGCUGCUGCUUUGCAAGGGGCGUUUACAAUGCUGCAGCAGCUAUUUAAGAGAGUUGAUCUGAGGGAGGAAUGCAAAGCUGAAGGUGAAAGCCAGAAUGAAGCCGCAGAUGCUUACAGCUGGCAUUCUUCAGCUACUCAGAAGCAACUCGCAAUAGAAAAUAUUUCUUGUAACAAUAAUUGGGUUUCUGAACAACUGGAAACACACAGGGAUGAAACAGAGACAGAAAUUAUAGACCCUGACUUGCAGGGAAGUGACAGUCCAGCAUGUGUGCAAACAAACUUGCAGAUACCCUCAAAUCCCAUCUCGCACAUUAUAGAAUUCAGUGUUGCCACCGAAGGAGAUGGGUCUUCAAGAGACAUGCAGAAACCACAUGCAAAAUGCGAGCAUCCAGGUGACUUGAGUGAGAAGCAUAAAAGCGAUUCACUUGGGGACAAUUGGAAGAGCUACAGCACUGCUGUAUCAGCAGCAGAUAAUGCUGGUGUAGUCACUGUGCGUGAAUGCCUAGAUGUUGGCAAAGAUGUAGAGAAAACAAGUUGCAAUGCAGUUCCAUUUAAACAUGGAAGCAGUUGUGUAAGUAUUGCACAGAAUUAUUCCAACUCCCUCAUAGAAGCAGGAUCGGUUUUGCCAGUAGGAGGUUACUUUGAAAUCCUGUUAAGCUAUUAUAUUCAGCACUAUGCAAAACAGUUUCGGCAGUCAGAAGUAACUGUCAUAGCUAAUGUAGUUGCUGAUGCUUUGCUAAGUAUUCCCAAGGCCUUAUACAGGACAACAGAACGAAACGGCUUUACCAAAUUCUAUCUCAAAGCCAUAAAUGCACUCAUAAAAAAUCAGCCACUGCCUAUAAAUGAGAAAGGCUUAGAAUUAGUGUAUUGCAAAUACCAGUUAGUCAUUUCAGUUCUUCACUGUGUUACAGAGCUUCUCUCCAUAGAUUUAAUAAUCGGUGUAAAGCGGCCACUGCAAAAAAUUGAGGAUAAUGACUCAGAAGAUGACUUCUGAAAUGAUGAAUAAAGAACGUUUUGAUAAUCUGUUUUCCUGUGUCUUCUUAUCAAAUGGACAUGUCGCAAAAUUUGCUGCUAGAGACCAAAAGAUACCCUUUAGUCUGAGACCUAACAUGCUUCUUUCCUCUUAAAAUAAAAGGACUAAAAAGGCUGAUCAGCUGAGAUUUGUGGAAAACUGGGUUGUGAACAGCACAGGCUUGAAGUUUCAAACAUGAGAAAGUGUAGCUGAUUUCCACUGCGGGUGUGUGGAUCCGUGUACGUGCAGAGGAUCCUCUGUACAUUCUAGCCAAGGGUGAACUUUGCCUCUUGUGGAGGUUUGAGUGUUUGUGCAAGUUAGAUGUCAUUAGUUUUCCUGGCACCUUAAAAGUUGCCAGUGUGACAUGAGCCACUGAACUUGCAAGUUGUAAGCAAGGGGGUUUUUUAACCUUCCUAAUAGGCUGGAU